AUGCACACCGCAGCUGUCCUGGAAGAGGAUGCGGCCCGGUACUGGGACCUCUUCUACCAGCGCAAUGCCGGCAAGUUCUUCAAGGACCGACACUAUCUGGACCGGGAGUUCCCCCUCCUCCUGACCGCCCCCUGCAUACUGGAGCUGGGCUGUGGCGUGGGCAACACGCUGUUCCCCCUGGCAGCCGCCAAUACGCAGGCCAGGCUGUACGCCUGCGACUUUGCGCCGGCGGCCAUCCGGGUGCUGAAGCAGCAUCCGCUGUACGGGGGCCGAGUGACUGCACAUGUGGCCGACAUCACCAAGGGCCCGCUCGCCCCGGCCGUGCCGGAGGGCCAGGUGUCGGCCGCCACCCUCUUCUUCGUGCUCUCCGCCCUGUCCCCCGAGACCAUGCCCAGGGCGCUGGAGAACUUGAAGCCAUCCUUGGUCCCUGGGGGCCGGGUCCUCGUGAGGGACUAUGCGCGGGGCGACCUGGCACAGUCGCGGCUGUCGGAGCCUGGCAGGGUCCAGCGCCUGGCGGACGAUUUCUAUGUCCGCUGGGACGGCACGCGUGCUUUUUACUUCACCCAGGAGGGGAUGCGCUCGCUGUUCAAGGGGGCAGGCUUUGUCUGCGAGUCCCUCUCCUGCCAGAGCCGGCACGUGGAGAAUCGGAAGAAGGGCCUGGCCAUGCGCAGGCUCUUCAUACAGGGCGUGUUUCGGCUGCCGGAACCCGGCGAAGCGAGACAGCCUUUUGUGGAUGAAAGAACCAGCGCUCUCAAGGGUGUUAUCAACGACAGCACGCCUGGUGAGGGCCACGGGCAGGCUGACAGCGCUGGAGCCUGCGCGGUGCAGGGCACGCCCGGCCCCCAGCCCCUCCAGGCCUGGAGCUGGGGUGGCUUCGAGGUACAGACCCCGGCGGGCCACGACGCCAGCGCGGCACAGGCUCUGGGCGACCUUGCAGCGCUGCUGGCUCCAGGGCUGGCAGGCCAGACCGUCCUGGAAUGGUCUGCGGGCGAGACCAUCGGCUUGGCCGCGCUCUGUGCGCUGCGGCAUUGCAGGUCGGCGAUCGCGGCGGCAUCAUCGCAGGCCUGCCUGCCCAGCCUGCGCGCCAACACAAAAUUGAACAGCCACAGGGUGGUCAUCGAGCGGCUGCGGCUGCACGCCCUGGAAAGCAGCGCCGGGGAUGGUCACCUGGAGGCGGUCUGGCGAGCCCACCCCUCUGGCCUGGACCUCAUGCUCCUGCACCUCGACGAUGCCUCUCACCUCCUCUUCACGCUUCACCUGAUGUCCAAGCUGCUGAAGGCGGGCGCAGGCCGCGCGUGGCUGGUGGUGCGGCCUGGCCUCCUAGAGCGGGUGGAGGCGGGCAUGGUGGAUUGGCCGCACCUGCAGCAGUGCGUGGGUGGAGCUCCGGGCGUGGCAGCCAUCGAGGACAAGAAGGCGGCCAUCAUCGGCGGGGCGGCGGGCGGCAUCCUCGGCCUCAUCAUCCUGCUCCUCCUCGGCUUUGCGGUGUGCAGGCACCGCAAGGUGCACAAGCGCGAGGAGACGCAGGCGGAGAUGAUGGCGCACCGCUGGCGACUGGAGCGCGAGUUUGUGAACGAGCGCAAGGGGGGGAAAACCGCGGGUGGGGCGGUGACGCGGGAGGCGCUGGAGAAGGCACGCCAGGCACGCAUGGCGGGGGCCACCCCGCCCCCUGCCGCCCCGCCCACGGGCUACGGGCUCGGCGCCGCCGGGCGGCCCACCCCGCAGGCAGCCACCCCCAUGACCGCCACCCCGGGGUCAGUGUCCCGGGGCCCAGCCGUCACGCCAUCGUCCAUUGCACCGUCCUCCGCGGAGCCGCAGCGCAGCGGCAGCGCACGGGGGCUGUUCAGCAGCCGGAGCGCGCGCAGCACCCCCUCCCCCUCGGUGGCGGGGCCGCCCACCUACACCGCAUCCUUCCCCUCCCCCUCCACCGACAAUCUGCCCGUGGACGCAGACACGGGUGUGGAACUGAUGCCGGAUAAGUCCUACUCGUCUGGAGGCCCUCCCAGUGGAGGGAGCUGGAGCAAGAAGGGGCUGGGCGGGCUCUUCUCCAAGAAGUAG